CUCUCAGCUGUAUAAUCUGCUGGGGGCGGAGUCAGCCGAGAUGCGUCUGAACCGUGUUUGUCGUGACGUCACGACGUGUCUAGCGCUCAGGAAGCGGGGAGGCCCCGAGUGGCCUGCUGCGGAGCCGUAGACCGGGGCCCUUGAAUAACGGUCCCGGGCCACGGUGACAGGUGUACGUGCGGAACGUUGAACCCGAGUCUAUCGGCCUCGGGUCAAAGGUCACCGACUCGGAGGUCAAAGGUCAUUGUCGGUCUUGGCGGAGGAGCCGCAGCCCCUGGGGUCAGGUGGGCAGCCUGGAAGUUAGAGAGAGGGAGGCCUGAGUGGAGGAGACCGUAAGUGGGACCGGUAAGGUCCGCCUUGGCGGUAGUUUCCCGGCUAGUGGAUGUCAGUGGCACCUGAGCGCCAGAGCCUGGGGUGGACAGAGGACACCUAGACGUGUUUACUCGCUGCGAGGAGACUGUUCUCUGCUCUGGCCUGUUGUCAUGGAGGGGAUGGACGUUGAUCUAGACCAGGAACUCAUGCAGAAGUUCAGCUGUCUGGGAACCACCGAUAAAGAUGUUCUCAUUUCUGAAUUCCAGCGACUACUGGGCUUUCAACUCAAUCCUGCAGGCUGUGCGUUUUUCCUGGACAUGACAAACUGGAACUUACAGGCAGCAAUCGGGGCAUAUUAUGACUUUGAGAGUCCAAAUGUCAAUAUCCCUUGCAUGUCUUUUGUAGAAGAUGUAACCAUUGGUGAAGGAGAGUCUGUGCCUCCGGACACCCAGUUUACCAAAACCUGGAGAGUUCAAAACACAGGAUCCGAGGCAUGGCCACCAGGUGUAUGUCUGCGGUAUGUGGGAGGUGAUCAGUUUGGCCAUGUAAACAUGGUAUUGGUGCGUUCUUUAGACACACAGGAGAUGACAGAUGUCAGUGUGCCAAUGUGCAGCCCUAAUCAGCCUGGCAUGUAUCAGGGCCAGUGGAGAAUGUGUACUGCAACUGGCUUGUAUUUUGGAGAUGUCAUCUGGGUUAUUCUGAGCGUGGAAGCUGGCGGCCUCUUGGGUGUUACCCAACAGCUCUCUUCUUUUGACACGGAGUUCAACACUCAACCUCAUCGCAAUGUAAGUGGUGACUACAACCCUUUCGCCUCACCGCAGAAGAAUCGUUCCCCAGAAGGGGAGAACAUGGGCACCUGGCCUGAAACAGAGACUUCUGAAAGAGAACAGAAUGGACUAUCUCAGACCUCUGUAAAUAUAUGUGCAACGGAUUGUCCAGCAAGCCGUUCUGUAGCAACGUAUAGAGAGAGUAUGCAUGGGCCUUAUCCCUUUGGAGAAUCCUAAAAGCAGCUUUAUUCUCGACCCAUGCCUUGUGUCCUUUUCCCACACCAAGAAAUAGGACAUCUUCUGCAAGUUACCUACUGAAGAUCACUUGGGGGAUAAUGGUGUUGGUGACCCUGAUAAUUAUACUCCGGGUGCUGCCUUUCUUGCUCCUAUUUAAAGAGAUUUAUUUUCCCUUUUUUUUUGUAUGCACAACCUUUGCACGCCAGCUACAAAUGGACAGCAAGAACAUGGGUACAAAUGUUAAUAUGUAGGUUUUCAGUGUUUUUUCACUUAAAAGCCAUGGUUUCCAUUUUGUUGGAUAACGAGCUGCAAAUAGUUUCAUGUU